GGGAAAGCAAAUAUGGGAGGUUUAAACAUUAAGUACUAUCCAUCUCGCAAUAAAAGUUGUUGAGGUUAAGCAAUUUAUAUAAGAACUACUGAGCUUCUCCUCUUGAUACAUAACAUAAGCUUCUUGUUUUGGGAAAGCAAAGAUGGCAAAUUUAAACAUGGAAUACUAUCUUCCAAUAAUUGCUAUGGUGGUCAUACAGUUUAUAUUUGCAGGCAUGACUCUUUGGAAUAGAGUGACCCUUGUGGAGGGUAUGAGUCCAACAGUAUUUGUUGUAUAUCGUCAAGCUCUCGCAACCAUUUUUCUUGCUCCCAUUGCUUAUAUAUCUUCAAGGCGAAACUCUACUACGUGUAGCUUAAAUUUAAGGAGUUUUUCGUUGAUAUUCAUCACCUCAUUAAUUGGUAUAACAUUGAAUCAAAAUUUAUUUUCCGAGGGUCUAUAUCUAUCUUCUUCUUCAAUUACAAGUGCAAUGACCAAUCUUAUUCCAGCGGUCACAUUUGUAAUAGCAGCCAUUGCAGGAAUGGAGAGAGUGAACAUUCGAAGUUUGAGAACUAUAGCUAAAAUAUUGGGGACACUUAUAUGUGUAAGUGGGGCAGUGUCCAUUACAUUAUUGAAGGGUCCAAAGCUACUAAAUGCAAAAAACAUACCUUCAAAAUCAAUCAUUGGUUCAUCAUUAAAAAGUGCAGAAAAUAAGUUGCUUGGAUGUCUGUGUCUUCUAGGAAGCAUUGUUGCUUGGUCAAUUUUUCUCAUUUUGCAGGUUCCUGCUUAUGCAAGCCAUCCCAAUACCUUAUCACUAGCAGCAUGGAUGUGCUUAAUGGCAACAUUACAAUCAUUAGUAGUAACGUUGCUUUUGGAGCCAAAUCUUAAUGCAUGGAAGAUUGCUUCUCUAUUUCAAUUUGGUUGCAUUUUGUAUUCAGUAUGUUGAU